AUGAAACAUCUCGAAAUCCGUCCAGCUUCCGAAAGCGACUUCACUGCGGUUGUAAAUCUCUCUCGAGUGACUUACGAAGAUAGAUUUGAAGCAGAGCAUGACUGUAUUCCUAACAGAUUUAAGAACUGGCUAACAGAACCGAAACGUUCCUCUUUUGUAGCAGAGCUAGGCGAUCGAGUCGUUGGUUUUCGCACGUUCGUCGUCGUGAACGAAGGGCGUAGUUCGGCAUGCGAUGCCGAGAGGAUUCAUCCCCAGUUUCGACGCCAGGGACUACAGACCCAGUUGGUUGGAACAAACAGAGAAUACGUUCGUGAAAACUACCCUAAUGUCUCCCGAGAGUUAUUCUACGCUCCAAAACAGGUAUAUGCGAGCCGACAAGAACUGUUCGCCGACAAGGUUCUCUUCAAACAAGACACCCUAGCCUACUAUAUCGAUCAGACUAAGUUGGACCUAAAAAAAGUGAACCAGGAACAAGAUCGGCUUGGGGUGCAAGUUAGGUCUUGUAGCAGGGAGGAGUUUGAAGAUGAGAUCAUAUCAGGGGUGUUGUUCCCAAAGGAAGUGUUCACCAUCGAUGGUUUGGCUCUCGAGGCUACGCGCUCGAACGUGGGUGCCAUGCUUAAAGAAGGAGAUAAGAUAAUUGUGGAUAACACCGAGGAUGACGAACCGUUCAAAUCGUUUAGCCACGGGCGUCUGUCUCGCAGGAACAAAUGGCUUCACUGGGAAUGCAAUGUCUAUGCCAAGCAUCACCUUCUCUUCCAAGCGCACGUGCUGGAGCAGGUGAAGUAUGCGAGCGAAGUCUUGUCUCCUGACAACAAUCUCGUCCUCGUUAUUCACUUUCUGUCAGACAGAAGUAUGGUUUCCAGUGGGCGAAAGCUGUUAGAAGGAAUCUUGGCCUAUAAACCCUGCGACUGCCUUAACCUAAAAGAGGAAUACGUACACAAAGAGAGUUUACAUGACGAAAGUGAGAAUGACGAUUCCUUUGACUGAUUAUUAGCUGCAAAUCUAGUUGACCUGAAUUCUUGCCUCAGUUAUAAUUCGUACUUGUGAAGUAAGACAAAACAAUUUUUUUCAUGGAUUUUUUAAGAGGUCACCUCGUGACACAAAAACUUAAAACAUCCGUUUGUAGGGUCGAAUUAUCGUGGCGUGACAAGGCUGCCUUCACCUCGAUGGUUUGAAAUAGCGCGAAAUAGCACGAAAACGAUUACCGAUGACCGAUUAUAGGUGUGUUCGAUUGACGCUAUUCCGGAAUAAGAAUGCACAAAAAUUUUCUGACAAAUCUCUUUUACCAGCAGGUUUCUUAGACCACUGGAAUGCUACAUACAUCUUAAAAAUGCAUUUCAAUUAGAUUUGGAGAUGGUAUGAUGUGAUGAAUUGCCUAAACAGAUAAUUUCUAAACGUUUAUGCCAUUUAUUCUUGUUGUGACGGUCAAACGAACGCGCCCAGUGAAAGUAGAGCAUAUUUUACUUGGGUGACAACAAAUAUCUUAGGGCCUGUUUACAUGGCGGUGGGGGAACCCAGGUAGGUGAGGUAACCCGACUGUCCAUAUAAUCUCUUAUUUUAAUUUGAUCACGUUUACGUGGGGUACGAGGGAUUGUAUGGACAGUCGGGUUAUCCCACCUAAGCGGGUCACCUCACCUACCUGGGGUCCCCCACCUCCAUGUAAACAGGCCCUUGGAAAAAAAAAUGUUACAUGGGACGUUAAUCGGGUCGGGUUUGGGAGGGCGCGUGCCGCAAAGGCAUUCGCAUGUUUGGUUUUAAAUUCAAAGUGAGGUUAAAGUCAUAUCCCACCCCAAAAUUAUCCAAUAGUCAAUACUCUUCAUAGAUGCGCAUUUUGCUGCUGAAAUUGUGAAGCUGUCUGAGCCGGAAUAUUGGUUCUAAGAAAAGUUUCCAGUAUCUAGUUCUAGUCCCAAAAUCGCGACACUUUUUGUGUAACUUGGAGUAGAAGUUUUCCUCCUGUGAUAAAGGAUAAAACGCAGGUGGCGUUCAAAAACUCAAAAUAUCUACAAGUAACAGUUCAGCUUUGAAAUAAAGACGACCACUUUCAAUGUUGCGUUAAUUUUUUUUUCCAUCUUUUUUUUUACCUUUUCCCCUUUUUUUUUGGGAGUCAAUCUUCUCACUGUGUAUCUUUCAUCUCCACUUCACCUUCUUGUAUGCAACAGGACUUGUCCUAGAUAGAGAACUCGAUAGAGUGUGUAUCAGGAAUUUAGUCUGCCUGCGACGGUGGCUAAUUGCAUGGUUUCCCAGGGGUGGAUCCAGGUUUUUUUAAUGGCGGGGGUGGUGGAUGAUAACAAUUGGCCAUCAAACUAUUUUAACUUUUAAGUUGUCCUACGUUUGUCCCAAAACGAGGCGAUUUAGGAAAGACGAAGGCUGGUUGGCGUCACAAGGUUUUUGCGACCCACGCAUUUCUAUAUUUUUUUGGGCCUCACAUAUUUCCGUUUGUUUUUCCACGUAUUAUAUUUUUUAGGUGGGCUGUUCUAAAGGGGGGGGUGGCUAGCCACCCAAUUCACUCCCCGCCUGGAUCCGCCUCCGCUGCCUUCUCCUCCUUCUCCGCCCGAUUUUUAUCAACCGAAACAAAAUAUGCUUGAUUAAUUCAGGUUUUGCAAAAUAAAAAUUAGCGGUACAAUUGUUCUUUUUCUUUCAAUAAAUUUGGGUUUAGUCUUCCUCGAUAAUUAUCGGCAGAAAGCACUGGCGACGAGAAUUGCUUACGAAGGCGACAAUCAGGGAAAAUACAUGACGUAUUGAACUUUCCAAAACAAAAUGGCGGCUGUUGUGUUCCGUCGCAGAAAUGGGAAUAGCGCCUUGCUAGUCAAUCUUUUGAAGAGAGUGUUGCCAUAUAGGAGACGUUCUGUAUCAAAUACACUUUUCUACAGUACAGAAAGUGCGACAUCAAGAUCGGAAGAGUUCAGCCUUCGCUAUCUGGAGGGAAAGCAUGAAGGUGCCUUAUACCAUGGCCGUAUUCUUGAUUAUUGUAUACCUGCCAACUCUUACGCCCUAGGCGUGAGUCUCACGCCUGCGGGUUAAAAACUUCGAUCUCACGUCGGCUCUCGCUUGCGGGCCAAUUUCUCACGCCUGAUUGAAAAAUGUGAGUUGUUGCCGUCUUGCUUGACACAAUUUCCACAAAUAUGUUAACUCAGACCCAUGUAAGGAACGAAAACCAUGUGUAAAAUGAAUAGAUGACAAUACCUUCCUCGCGAUCUCUGAUUUUGUGGAUAAGCGUUUUCUCGAUAACUUCGCCUUCGGCAGACUUCGGACGUCUUCGGAAGACUUCGGACUUCUUCGGGAAUCUUCAGAUAUGAUCGUGUCGUCUUCAAAAAUCCCAGCACUCCCAGGAUAAAAAUCUCUCGCUUAUAUCUCAGAAAAGGUUGGCAGGUAUAUUAUUGGGCCAUUCCAUUUAACAUAUGCACCCCCUAUUGAUGGGCUACAGGAAAAUAGGAAUUUUGCACCUAGGGAAAAUAAGAUUAAAAUGCCAACCCAUUACUCUUUUCAAACACAUAGAGAUUAUAAUGAUCUUCAAUUUGAAGAGAGGUAUCUCCUUCAAAAAUGACUUCUGAAAACUCCCUCUAUAGCUCCCCCUAAAAUUCACCGUUAAUUCAGUAGUGGUGGAGGGGGAGGAUGCAGACUUUGAAUGGGAUAGCCAGUAUUUGUCUCAUUGGUGGAAUUUUAUCAAAGGUAGAUGUUGCUGGGCUGCUUCACAUAAUUGUCAGAUGAUUAGAUACAUCCCCACCAUCGCAUUGGCUGUGUUGUGGUUAGCAUAACUUCAAAAACCCAUCAAUAUCUUUGUGAGCUGCUGGAAACUUCUUACCAACAUUUUCAAUGCUAUACAGCCAUUGAAAUUAAAAACAUUUGUGAAGGAUUUCAUUUAAUCAAAUGAUUCAAAUAGCACUGGCUACCAGUCAUCGAACCAUUUGAUUGGUGGAAGUCUACUGCCAGUUCCAGGUGGUUUUGCUUUUAAAGGUCAUGUAGCAGUUAAAAUUGUAUAAAUUUGUAAUUGCAAUUUGAUUGUAAAAUAGUACACGUUAAUAUAAACCUUGCAAUAGCUGAAACCUUUGACUCAUAUGUUAUCACCUUAUAAACAGGGAUCGCACUAUUUGUCAUGAACAGACCAGAGGCUAAGAAUGCCAUGAGCAAAAAGUUUCUAAAUUUGGUGAGCAUUACUCCUGUAACAUUUACCUUAUUGAUUUGGGAUAACAACAUCCUCGGAGACCCAGGGGCAGAUAGUGGGGACGAGGGAAAGUCUAAACGGGCGGAAAAAUGUGGCACGAAGAAAAAUAAAGAACGGCGAGAAGAGCCCCUGGGGACGAUGUCUUACCAGACCAGUUCCAAACGGUCGCCGCCAUUCUGGCUUCUGAUUGGUGCCAGAAAAACACAAGUUUUCUGGCACCAAUCAGAAGCCAGAACGGGGGCGACCGUUUGGAACUAGUCUGGUAAGACAUUGUCCCCAGGGGCUUUUCUCGCCAUUCUUUACUUUUUUUCGUUCCGUAUAUAUUUUUCCGCCCGUUUAGACUUUCCCUCGCCCCCUUUAUCUGCCCCUGGGUCUCCGAGGAUGGGAUAACAAGAGUUUUAAUCUGGGAUUUACUCAGAUGUUGAAGACCCUAGUUUAUAAUAACCACUAAAAAAGACUGGUGGCAAAGAGUAGAAAAGAUGCACAAAAAUGAGAUGGCAUCACAAACAGUUUCGAGUCUUAAAGAUCUGGCUCCAGGUGUUCAAACACUGGAUAGCGCUAUCCACCUGGCCUGGGUUGUUCAAACGUUGGAUAGUGCUAUCCAUCGGAUAAAUCACUAUCCACUGGAUAGCGAUCGAUCCGGUGGAUACCACUAUCCACAUUUUGAACAACUGGGGCCAGAUUAAUAGCUAUCUAGUGGAUAAGUGUUAUGGAAACUAAUUGCGUUUUCCAAUACAUAGAGAUUUAGCCAGUGGAUAGUGCCAUCCACCUUUCGAACCACUGGAGCCAGAUCACAAUUUUCUGAAACUCAAAGGGCUGGUGGCAUAGCUUGUCUAGAAAAGAAUUUAUCUUCUUAAAAUAACCUUCUUAGAAGUGCUAUAGUACCAAGACUUGUUGUAAAUAACAUAAGUAAAGACUUUCUUCAUCAAAUUAGCUGUCUCUGACUUAAAAGAUUAAUAACUGCAUUCACACUUUAACAGUGAUAUAAUUUAUGCAGGCUGCAACAUUGUGUAGAAUAACACAUGAUGGAAAAAUAUACCAAUAAUUUGUUAUUUGAAGCAAAGGUCUCUUUUACUGUGUAUCUCACAAAAUUGGAACACCAGAAACAUUUCAGGAAUGUUUUUUGUGUGCAAUCAGUGUAAUCAAUCAGGCAUGGGAAAAAUAAACUGCAGGUAGUAGUAAUUUUGGCUUGCUUGCUUGUUCUGAUCUCACUGUGAUUGGCAAUACACAAUAAACAUUACAAAAUAUUUAAGGUGUUCAUGGUUCUAUUAUUUUGACAGUAAUUAAAAUCUCAGUGCAUGAGGUAGAGGGUGUGAGUACUGUAAACAUUACUUCUUUAAGUCAAAACCCUUGAUAGAGCACGCAUAAAGAUAAAAGUGUUUGCCCAAAAUUAACAAUUUAUUAAAUCCUCUUUUGAUAAGUUCACAGAAGCCCUUACUUGUGUGAAGUUUGACAAGAAUGUUCGAACAGUUAUCUUCAAGAGUGAUGCACCAGGUAUGACAUUGAAUUCAUUGAACUUAAAGAUUCACUUUCUAAGUGAUAUUCAUCUUAUCAGUAUGGCAUUAUUUAACACUUUAGAGUGAAUAAUGGAGUCUUGUAACUAAAGGUAGUUCUAACUUUUGAGUCUAUGGACAAAAUCCUGAGGUUUAACCAUUCAAAUGAAACCUCUUCGGCUUUAUUUUCACAUUGCACUAUUUAUACUACUACAUGACAAAUUUCUGCAAUUUGAUUGGCUUAGAGCAGUGGUAUUUCAGCUUAAUUUGAAAUACCUACAUGUGAAAAUUACAAACCUUCUAUGGGUAGUAGUAUAAACAAACAAUGGCAUGAUUUGUACGUGAUAUUUGGCAUAAAUACCACUCGUGAUAUUUCAAAAUUGUCUCAAAUUUCACUCGCCUGACGACUCGUGAAAUUAUGUAUAACAAUUUUGAAAUAUCACUUGUGGUAUUUAUGCCAAAUAUUACUACAAAUCAUGCUAUUACCUAUACUAACUUUCUAACUUUUGGGAGUUGAAGUGGUAAAUGCUUUUUCCCCCAGUGAUUUGCAGCUUUUUGUUAUGUCCAGGUAUAUUUUGUGCUGGUGCUGAUCUUAAAGAAAGAGCCACGAUGCCUGAGCACGAAGUUGGUCCUUUUGUAUCAAGAGCAAGAGCUGCAAUAAUGGAACUAAAUAACCUGCCCAUGCCAACCAUCGCUGCACUGGACGGUCACGCCCUGGGUGGGGGUCUAGAAAUGGCCCUGUCAUGUGACUUCAGGGUUUCUGCAGAUAAUGCCAAAGUGGGCCUGACUGAAACGCGCUUGGCAAUUAUUCCUGGAGCAGGUAAUAUCCGCCAAAAUUUAGCCUCGUGUAGUCUAGGAAACUCUGAAAAAACUUGUUGAAAGAAGACGCAAACAAGCGAUUAACAAGUUAAUUACAGUCAAACCCGCUUUACGGACGCCCGCUUAAUACGGACACCUCAAUAUUAAGGACAGUUUUCUUUGUCCCUGAGGAAAGAAAACUCCUACAUUUUCUCUAAAUUCAACUCGCUUAAUAACGACACCCAAGUAAUACAAACACUUUCUAUGACCCCCUCAGUAUCCGUAUUAUCGGGGUGUGACUGUACUACCGUCAUCGAAAGGACGUCUCUGCCAAACGCACAAGCCUACAGAAAUGGCCCUAUUUCCCCGCGUUUUGCAGUCAAACACGAAGCGCAAGACACGCUCGUUGUGGAUGGCUCGCCUUCCACCGUCGCGCUUGUCUCGGGCUCCACCCCUGCUUCGCGCUUGUCUUUGCUCGCCUGAAAAACGCGAAAAAUAACGGUUGCUCUGCAUGCCAAAAAGCACUAACCCGCUCUGAUUUCGCCAGCUACGCGGACCAUAAUUUUGAUCUUAACUUUUUCAAGCAUUUUUCUUUCAGGCGGAACACAGCGUCUACCUAGACUAAUUGGUGUAUCUAAAGCCAAAGAAAUGAUCUUUACUGGAAAGAUGAUCAGUGGAGUAGAAGCCGAGGAAAUAGGCUUAGCAGAUUAUGCUGUUGAACAGAACGAAAACGGCGAUGCAGCUUAUCAAAGAGCCCUCGUAUUGGCUGAAGAGAUUCUACCUGGGGGACCUGUGGCAGUUCGAAUGGCAAAAUUGUCAAUAAAUAGAGGCAUGCAGGUGGGUAUACUUGACUUACUCGGCAUGUACUAAAACCGGACCUCCGGAUCACUCCAGAACACCCCUGGGACAAGUCAGUAUAAUCUGGAACAACAUGGUAAACCUAGCAGGCAGGUGAAUUCUACCUUUCUCCACACUUGGGUUGUACUAAUACCCGGAACACCUGAACACUCCGGAACAUCCCUGGGACAACCCGGAACACUCCGGAACAACCCGGCUAACCUGGUAUGCGGGUGAAUUCUAAGUUUCGCCACACUUGUGAGGUACUAAUACCCGGAACACCGGAACCCAAAACACCCCUGGGUCAACUCUGUACAAUCUGGAGCAACCUGGGAAACCUAGCAUGCGCCACGCUUGGGAUGUACACCAAUAUACAGAACACCGGAGCACCCCCGAGACAACCCGGAACACUUCGGGAAAAAACCGGAUAACCUGGUAUGCGGCUGAGUACUAACUUUCGCCACGCACGGGACGUAGAAAUACCCGGAACACUAGAACACCACAAAACACUCCGGGAUUAAACCCUCUUGUAAGUUACCACUAAAUCUUGGCAUUUUGAGUUGUCGCUUACGCCAGGUUACCCUGGGUGCCAGAGACUUUUCAUGCGCGGUUUCCGGUUUCGUUCAAGUCUUAAAAAGUGACCCACGUGAAAAGUUUUUGCUCGCGGCUCUUGUCUUCGGCCUGUGGCCGGCGAAGCCUCUCGUCACACGUGAGAAAAAAAUCUCUGGUACCCAGGGUAACGCCAAGUUCGACUAUACUUAACUUACCAACACCAUGUUGUUGUUGUUAUUUUAACUCCAGGUUGACCUUACUUCUGCCAUGUCAUUUGAGGAGACCUGCUACGCACAGGUACAUCUAUAUUUGGUAAAAUCUAGCGCUGGGGCAAGAAUGUUAUGGAGAGUUUAUUAGAAACCUUUAAAUUUUAGAACGAGGACAAGAUUAAACUUAUAUAUUUUUUCGCGUAUUCUCAAAAACAGUAUUCAUCCCGGAAAGCUUCACUGUUGUUGUUGUUGUUGUUGUUUUGUUUUCUUUUUGUCGUUGUUUCGUUUUUGUUUUUGUUUUUGUUUUUUUUUUUCACCAGAUCUCCCAAUCGCAAAUUGAUCAAACUUCUAUUAUUUGCUUACUUAUCUCCGUCACUGCGACAUUCUCGCUAAAAAUCGUAGUAGAACGACGACCGUCAUCAUUCGACCUAACGACAAGUCUACGCUUGACAUUUUGACACAUAACGAAAAAAAGGGAACAAAAUUUUAAAAAGAGGGCCGCCAAUACGAACAAAACCUCGUAGUUCCUUGUGGCUGAAAUUUUUGACAUUUAUUUUCGCAGGUAAUACCGACAAAGGAUCGUUUGGAAGGACUUCGUGCAUUCAAAGAAAAGAGAACACCGCAAUACACGGGAGAAUAACAAAGCUAUUUCUUUAUUUAAUUUCAAAAAAUUAAUAAAGAAAUCGACACACGAUACCGAAGCAUUCAGAAGUUUCCCUAAAGCCAUGGACUUUAAAAAUGGAUCUUAAUUGUUUUGAGAAAACAAAUUGCACCAACUCAAAGGAAAAUUUUUAAGAGUAUUGGCGUCGCUGUUUUAAAAAGAAAGUAAUUAUACUUCCCAAACUGGAGAAACCUAUUAAAAUGCUCACCAUCAGCUUGGCGAAUAAGUCGGUUUAUCCCCUUUAAGUCGACUCAUAAAUAGCAAGAUAAAGCAAAGAGACAUCUGGUUAUUUGCUCAGCUUGGCAAGACACGGUACCUCUUCACUUAGCCAGCGAGUUGCGCGUGCAACCAACCCCCAACAUUAAUCCAGUCACAAUCAGUUUUAUUCCCAAUUUAUAUCGUGGAGUUAUUUACAUGUAUUAUAAGGCUCAUAUUGACAAUUUUCUGUAAGCUUACAUCUACUAAAAAGCUCGC